GCGGGUUCCAAUCCUACAAUCUCCCACCUACACUAUUACUGUUCCAACCAUGCACUAGUACGGCCGGAAUAAGAAAUGCUCGCGCUGCGGCUCUCGCUCCCGCUCCCGCUCCCCGUCCCCGGUGGGACGCAGAUAGAUCAUAGCACCCACAGACUGCAAAGACCAACGUUCAAAGUUCCCACCCAUCUCGAUGUCGGUGUCGUGUUCGUUGUCGGGUUUCCACACAUGUGUGCACAUGCGUAGGUAUGCACCGCGCGCAUCUCUCGGAUCGAUCCACUGCAUCAUACAGUGAUCCUCUCUAUCAACACCAUCCGACAUCGGUGUCGGCUUCCCACAUCACAUCAUGAAACUGCCGGUGGGAAAAAUGAAGCUUCAGUUUCUCGACCCCGCCCGCCCACUGGCAGUACUACUGGCAAAACACCAUAAGGGGUUGUAUCGGGAUUCAAUAAUCAAUCUCUCGAUCAAAAUCUGUGUUGGAUCGGUUCGGCCUCGCUCGACUCCGGCGCCCGAACCGACACUGGGCCAGCUCAACUUCCAGCUGAGUGACAGCCCGAGGUCAUCUGGCCUCUACACUUCCAGUUUUCAGUCAAACAGGAAGUGACGAUCAUCGCGCACAGAGAAAUUUCAUGGAGCGAGAUUCGGUGAGUAUAGCACAAGUACCACGGUAACCCUACUUCCUACUUCCCCGGAGCGGUGAAUACUUGGCUACCUUUUAGUCUCGUCUCCUUUUGCUGCAGUGGUUCAGGCUGGGGAGUGAAAGAAAUAAAUACUGUAUAUACCAACACUGCCGUAACCGCGAUUGGGAUUACUUCUCUCUCUCUCUCUCUCUCUCUCAAACACACACAGUCUUUCACCGACGCACUACCUAAACCAGUUGUGACCCGUCCCUCAUCAGCUACUAGCUAGUGAGUAAGUAUCUUGACCAAGUAGCCGGACAACAAUGGCGACAAUAUCAGGAACAACACCAGCACCGGCAACGGCAACAACAACAACAAACACGUCAGGACCCGACGCUCCCCAAACCAUGAAAUGCGUCCAACUGCACGAAUACGGCGGACCCGAAGUCCUCAAAGUCGAAACGCAACCGGUCCCCACGCCCUCUGCCGGACAAGUAUUGAUGCGCGUGCGCGCGACAUCAGUGACAUGGUGGGACCUCGCGUUCCGACGAGGCUACCUCAAACAAAUCACGGUACCGGGACGACGGGGAUGGACGCUUCCCUUCCAACUUGGACGCGAAGCGGCAGGGGAGAUUGCAGCGUUGGGAGCCGGCGUGAACACUACGAUUGGACUCCAAGUCGGCGACAAAGUGGUGAUGAUGACAUGUCCCGCCUGUGGCCAUUGCCCGUUCUGCACUCAGGGCUACGACAACCUGUGCAUCAGGGCCGAUUUACCGGGCCACACGGCGCCAGGGGGGUACGCCGAAUAUCUCGUUCUGCGGGCCGAAAACGUGCUCAAGGUGCCUGAACCAACCACAACCGCUACUGGUAAAACACCACAAUCUCAAGAACUCAAUUGGGAAAAACUCGCCUGCUGUCUCUGGUCCUAUGGGACCGUGUUGCACAUGGUGGACCAGCGCGCGCGCAUCCGACCGGGCGAUUGCGUCUUGAUCACGGGGGCCUCGAGCGGCAUGGGCACCGCGGGGAUCCAACUGGCCAAACUGGCCGGGGCGAACCCAAUUAUCGGCUUGACGGGUUCGCCGGGGAAAAAGCAGGCUUUGCUGGACGCCGGUGCUGAUGUUGUGCUGAAUUACAGAGAUGACGAUGUUCAGGCGCAAAUCAGGAAACAUACCCCGGGCGGAUUCGGGCCGGAUGUCGUGCUCGAUAUGGUCGGUGGCCAUAUGGCGACGCUGGCGAUCCAGGUCGCGAGGCUGGGUGCCAGGAUCGUCAUGGCUGCCGUCAUGGGCGGUCGUACGAUCGAAGUGGAUCUGGUCACGGUCUUUGCGAAGCAUUUGGAUCUGCUGGGGUCGCGGGCCUCGACGAGAGAAGAGCAGGCGAGAUGUCUCAAGUUGUUGGUCGAUGGGAAGAUCGAUCCGUUGAUUUCCGAUGUCUUGCCUCUGGACGAUGUGGCUAGGGCUCAUGAACUCUUGGAGCAGGGCACGCAUGUCGGGAAGGUGGUGUUGAAGCCGUAAUGAUCAGAUAUUGGAUUGAAAGCCUGGCGUGUCGACCAAGGGCCAACACUGGUAUACUUACUACCUUAGUUAGUACUCCUCAAGCAUGGAAAACGUGAUUACAGUAUCUAUGUGAUUGUUUUGGAAAAUCCCACAGAAAAACCCUUUCUUAGAUCAUCAA